AUGGUGUUAACUAAGUCCUAUCUUCGUUAUGUCGAUGCUGGCAACUUUGGAGUGGUUGGCAGUGCAAGAGCAAACGUAUGUUUAGUUAAAAAUGGUGAAAAGCAUCGACGAGAAACGUGCUAUGCAGUGGUCCCAGCGCUUGAGAAUGUUUAUAUUUGGGAUAUGAGAAUAGGAGAGAGGGUACGUGUGUUUGGAGAGUACAAGAUUUUAUGAGCAGUGUAUGAUUUCUGGAAUGCUUUGUGCUAUUAAAAUUUUAAUAAACUGUGCUGUAGUCUGUAGAAAAUUUCACUUGUGUAUAGUUCACUAUAAAAUUAUUAACAUAUAUGGAUUUAUGGACUUGGUAGAGUACUUUGUGUCAUAAAAGCCCAAGUCUUGAACUGAAUAGGAAACACUUGUCCUGGCUCUUCCCAGGAAAGGGGGCUAUGCAUAAUUUGUUUUCCUUGUAUUAAACCCUAAUUGACCUCCUGCCCCCCUCCCUCCAGGUAGGUUGGGGGAAGUGGGCACCCAAAGGAGUUAUGCCACCAUAUGAGCUCAGUUGGCAUAACUCGUUAAGAUGCAAUACGUCCUGAUGCACCACUUGAAAGAGGAAAUUGAUUGGUUAAUAAUUAACAGGAACCAUGUCUUAGUACCCAGUGAUUUAUUAACCAUUGUUGUAUACAGCUAUUUCAAUUAAGGUUGUCCCCCGAGCAAAGCAGAAAAGUCAAAUACGAGCGCGAAAGGCUGCUGGGAAUCACUAAUAACUUCAUUUAUUUAUUAGCGAAUUAAUUUUAAUUGAAAUAGCUGUAUAUUAACGUGUCAGAGAGUUUAGUAUAUCUUAAUUUAGAUAUGUAAUUUAUAUUGUGACAAAGUUUAUAAAAUUAAAAAAAAAAUUUUAAGGUGCAAGUUUUAAAAGGAAACAAGAGUGAGGUGACUUGUCUUUGUCAAAGUCCAGACUCUGAGCAUCUUGCAGUGGGGUAAGUUUCACGAAACAUUUGAAAUGGUUAAUAUCAUAAAACCAUUUCUAGGUAAUAAUAAAUAUACAAAAUUUUUAAAAACAUUCAAAACUGCACACUUGAGAUCUUCAUUGCACGAUUGUAGUUCAAUGAAACAAUUUAAUACCAAUUUAUUUGGAAGGUUUGGGUUGCUGGCUGGCAUUUGAGUUUUGGUCAGGAUGAGCAAUCCAGGAGGUUGAAUCAACUUGAAUGCAUGCUAGAUUUAACCCAUUGAGUGCUGACUCCCUCUGACAAGUAAAAUCAUCUGGUAUUAGACAGAGUGAAAUAAUAAAAUAAGGUGCAUUAGGGUGCAAUGCAACUUCAUGAUUAAUGACAACAACUAACAUUAUAUGCACUUAUAAAUAUGUUCACAUGAAUUGCUUUCUAGAUAUGCUGAUGGCGUUAUUCGGAUAUGGGGUCUUAAAGAUGGUUCAUCACAAGUGACAUUUAGGUAGGCACAGGUUAAUGCUUAGGAUGGUAUAUCGUGUGGAAGAUUUGAUUUGUUGAACAUCCCUUGGUACAGGGCAGGAAAAAAGAAUUUUCUUCCUGGGAGCACAACCUGGAGACAAAAAUUUCCUGCAAGCUAACAGAGUAUUUUUGUGCUAAAUCUACAUGUGCAUAAACAUAUAGUGUUCUAGCUGAUCAUGGUUUUAAAUCCAAGGAAUAAUGUCUGUCAACCAUAUGUUGUUGCAAUAGUGGGACAUGGGUGUUAAGGUUACAGAAUACCUUUAAGUGUUGAUUUUGCCUAAAAUUUUUUUAUUGGUUUCAAUGAAAGCAUUAGGCUAGUUCUACUAUCUGACCAAGUUUGAACGAAAAAUGUUGAAAACUCGCAGAGUUGUUUAAUAAAAUACAUUUCGCUGCAAUAAGAAAAACAUUGAAAAUGUAAUAUUCAAAUUCAAUUUUCUCACGAAAAAUUUUACGGUAAUUACUGAUUUUCAAACGAGUUAUGCUCCUGCGGGUUUUAACCAAUUUUUCUCAAAUUUUCACAGGACAUAGCUAGAUACAUCAGUUUCAAAAUUGUGUUCGGCUUUUUUUUAAUUUUGGAUAUUUUAAAAAUAAAGAGCAAUUCACUCAAACAAUUCAGAAAUAUAUUGCAGUCGUCAAAGAAAUUGCCAUAUCAGCGGAAUGACGAAAUAAACAAAAAUUUCCGAACACAAUUUUUUAGAACAACUAUUUUACUGUAUAAAAUGAUAUUUUCAUAAAUAUAACUUAAAACCAGCAGGAGCACAACUCAAAAGCGUAAAGGUACCGCGAUUUAAGAUUUUCCUGAAUAAUUCUUGUAACAUUAUUUUAUUGCUUGUUAAUUUCACAACUUUACCAUAUUUUGCAUGCACUGGAGAACAUUUGGUGAAAAUUUGAUGAAAAUCGGACUGAUAUUGAGCGCGCAGUAGUGAUUUUCUGCAAAACACCAAAAAGGGUGUCCUGUAACCUUAAGGUUUCCUUCAAAUUUUCAAUAGCAACUCUUCAUUCAAAGGAAUUUCCUGCAGUUGUUUAACAUUUCCUGCGAGCAGUGUUCCCGUGCUCGCCUAUUUUUUCCACCCCUCCCUUGGUACAUAAUUUAGUACCUUUGUUCUCUGCAUUUUAUGCAAGCCACACACUUGUCAGAUUUGUAGUCUGAUACUUAAGAAUCUGCAAAAUUAUUUUAGUGGUCACAAGUCAGCAGUUACCUCACUUCAGUAUGAUGCAACUGGAGUCAGAUUGGUCUCUGGUUCAAAGGUAUGUGGUCAAUUUCACAUGAGACAUUGAAAAUGGCAAAAUUGCAAAAUGCGACAUUAUGUGGUGCUAACCACAUGUUUCCAUAGUUAACACAUUGGAUUAUCAUAAAUCAAAACGAUUUUUGAAUUUUGCCGCAUGCCCACUCUGAGGCAAGCCAUUGAACCUGCACUUGUUUGUUGCUAUUGUUCUGUGGAUAAAGUGUGUUCAUUUAAAAUAAUUAUAUCUCAGUCACUUUAACUUUGAAAUAAGUUAUAUUUCUUAACAAACACAGUCUAAGGUUCAAAUAUCAUGAUGACAAUGUUAGAUCAGAUAAUAUCCAGUGUUGCUGUGAUUUAUGGUGCAUCAAAGUUUGGGUAAGAGAAAUGUAAUGUCCGCAACAAAAAAACAAUUCAAUUUAUUUUUCAGCCAAACGUCUAGCUCUUUUGACAUUAUAUUUGUGCUGCUUUUUUAAAAUGGUAUUAACAUUAUUUUAGACUGAAAAAAGACAAUAAAAAGUAUUAACAUGUCUUGAAUAAUGUGUUGCGGACAUUACGUUGCGGACAUUACAUUUUUGAAAUUGGAGAAUUAGAUGCUUAUAUAAUCGUCUUGCUUGAAUUCAAUUCAAGCAAGACGUUAUUCUAUAGUUAUUUUAAGCUUGAUGACUUAAAAAUAGAACAUUAAAAGGACUAUGGGACCCUACUUUUAGCUAUAAUCACUCCGUUGUGUAUACACAAUCAGUCAAUCACAGUGACACAAUUCAUCAUGGAAAGUUUCCAAGUUACAUAUAAUGCCACUACCAUAUUCUGCCAUUGUACCAUCAGUUUGGUAAGGCAUAUGUUGUUAAGGUGGCUCGAUAUAGUAAUCACAAAUACCCUGCUCAAGAAUCGCGUGACCAUUUUUACGCGCAGGCCGCGGAAACUGAUUAACAAAAUCAAAGAACUUCCAAAAUAACCUGACGUGAGCAGUCAGCUCGCGCCAUAUCGCGCCAUUGCGCGUGUUCUAUAGCGUUUUAUGUCAAUUGCUGACGUCAUUAGAAUUUUCCAUUUUAGAAAAACAAUGCGUUAUAUCUCUUUAUUUUGUCUGGUGACCUAUGUUCAAAUUUUGCAUGCUGUAUUGCACCGCUAAAAACUUUCAUUAUACCAAAAAUAAAAAAAUUCUGUAAUGCCAAAAAAAUUUUACCGAAGAAUAUGACAUUUUCGCAUUUUCCAAAAAAAUGGCAUUACAGAAUUUUUUUAUAUUUUGCUAAUUGUUAGCUUUUCGUCGAAGUAAAAUAAUGCACGAAAAAAAAUUGGGGGUCACCAUGCUUUCUUUCCAACUAUACGAGAAGAUAGGCCAUUUUGGAGUAAAUUUCGUACACGUAUGUCGUCAUAGCAACGAACUAUCUGUUACUAAAAUUAAUAUAACUUGAAAGUAGAGUUAUCACAGUAUAUAAAAAACCCAAUAUCUGUUGAAUAAAUCCUAAAAAUGCGUAGUUUGAACAUGUCAAAGUGUUAAACGCCUGAAUUUUUGAAAACUGUAUCGAGCCACCUUAAGUGCAAAAUCAUGUUUUAGUUCAUGUUUGUUUCGAUCAUCUUCCACUAAAGUCAGGGGUGUUAAUUAUCCCCACCAAAUGUAGUAAAUGCAAAACUGUCAAAUAGAAUGGUCUACAAACAUGACACUUUAUUUGCUGCACAACCCGAGUCAUUGCCUGAGUCUAUGCGCAACAAAUAUUGCACUUUUGAAAGAUAUUAUUGUCAACAGAAGAUUAUAUACUGUAAUAUAUGUGACCAUGAUUUCAUCCCAGGAUUUAUGUUGGUAUACACAUGGGCGUAUGGGAAGGAAAAAAUUAGGGGGAAGGAAAGAAAUUUGCCCUACUUUUUCGGAUUGUGCCCGCGUUGUGAAAUUUUUUUUUUCCGGAGAUAGCAUAUUUCCCACAAAACCGACAGAAUUCCCCACAAAAUUGACAGAAUUUGUCCCAUUUAUUUUUAUAAUAAGCGAAUAUUGCCCGACUGGCUUUGAUAGCCCAACAAACUGGGGGGGGGCUGCCGCCCUCUAGCCCCCCCCCGCCUGGUACGCCCGGGCGUAAUUAAGCUAGAAUGCCUGUUAUGUAGACUAGAAACAUUGAAGUGCAUAAUCAGUCACCCAGUUUUGAUUUCCUAUUAUUUUUAAUAUGAAAUCAAAAAUGUAAUGUCCGCAACAGUUUCAGUGUAAUGUCCGCAACACAAACUUUGCACUAUAGAAGCUGCGCAAGGGCAUUGUAGAACAUCUCGUUUUCAUAUUUUUUAACCCCAAGUAUCACUGAGAGCAGGCAGUGUUUUAGUUCCUGUGAUACCUUUCAAAAUUCACAGGAAAUUACAUUUUAAGAACAUCACUUUAAUGUGUGGUUGAUUUUGCUGUAAUGUCCGCAACAGUACUUUGACUUUUUAUUACAAGAAGUGAUUACGAGGGAAUUUUGUUUUAUUUUAUGAAAUAUUAGAGGUCCCCUUAAGGUUUUCUAUGACAAAGUUCCCAGAUCUGAAACUGUUGCAAACAGGAAACAGAGCAUGUUUUGUAUUAAUUGUUUUCCUGUGAAUGUAAUGUCCGCAACGUGAAAUUGCCCAUGUGCAUCCCCCCCAAUUAUUUUGCACCCCCUCAGAAAGUUUCCCCACCCCAAUUUUAUUUUUGCUUGAAGGACACUGAUGUUAUCGUUUGGGAUGUGAUAAAUGAAUCAGGAAUGUUCAGGUAAAGAGUAAAAUUAAAAUUACGAUUGGGAUCAGGUUUGAGUAAGAAUUUGGUUUAGGAUUUAGAUCUAAUUAGCUGAUCAUGGAAUUACUGAUAUGGGUUCAGAAUUUUAGGUUUAUGAUUAGGAUAUUAUAGAUCAGAUUUAAUAUCAGUUUUAGUAUAAUGGUCGGGAAAAUCGGGAAAACUUUGCUCGCCCGGUGUGGAUAUACACUCAGAGUAACAUCACAAACAUCAUAUUCACCUGAGUACACAAUACCAACACAGAAAAGAAAAAUGAUCCAUGCGUAGUUUGGAUCAAUCUCUCAAUAUCAUGUCAAUAUCUUAGGUUGAAAGGACACAAGGGAGUGGUGACAUGUUGUCAAUUUUUGGAAACUGUCAAUGUUUUAGUAACAAGGUAAUCUAUUUUUUCUGUACAACUUUGUAAACUGGCAAGGGCAGAUUUUUGAUAGAGAAUAAACAAAGAAAAUUUAUAGCAUGAUCAUGUUAAUAUCUUUGUUUUUAGCUCCAAAGACACGUUCAUCAAAUUUUGGGAUCUUGAUUCUCAACAUUGUUUUCUGACGCUAGUUGGUCAUAGAAGUGAGGUAAUACCUAAUAUCAUUUUGUCUUGCUUUAAUAAUAAUUAUUGAUAAUUAAUAAGAAUUAGUAAUUAGUAAUUAAUUAAUAAUUUAAUUAAUUAAUUAAUUAAUUAAUGAUAAGUUAAAAGUAUUAUUAAUUAUGAUUAACUAAUAAUUAAUUAAUUAAUUAGUAGUUAAUCUUAAUUAAUAAUAAGUAAUCAUAUAAUUAUAAUAAAUACUAAUAACAAAUAGUAAUAAUAAAUAAUAAUAAUAAACAAUGAUAAUAAUUGUGUUAUCUGAUUAAAAUAAAAAAUGAACAAUUAUUGAUAGAGAAAAUGCACUUCAUUUUAGGUUUGGGGUUUUACGAUAAUAAAGAGCGAGACAAGACUUAUAACUGGUUGUGGUGAUAGUGAACUGAGGAUAUGGGAAAUCAAAUAUAAAGAUAAAAGCAAGUCAGACAGUGAGGAGAAGAAACGAAAAUUAACAACACAAUCUGAGCAUUCUGAAGAAGCAGAGGUGAAUGAUUCAAAAGGCAAAUGUGAUCAUGUGACAGUUCGUUAAGCUUCAUCAGGGCAGGAAAAAAGAAUUUUCUUCCUGUGAGCACAACCUGGAAACAAAAAUUUCCUGCAGACCAAUCGAGUAUUUUUGUGCUAAAUCUGCAUGUGCAUAAACAUAUAAUGUUCUAGCUGAUCGUGGUUUUACAUUCAAGGAAUAAUGUCUGUCAACCAUAUGUUGUUGCGCCCAUAGUGGGACAUGGGUGUUAAGGUUUCCUUCAAAUUUUCAAUAGCAAAUCUUCAUUCAAACGAAUUUCCUGCAGCUGUUUAACAUUUCCUGUGAGCUCGCCUAUUUUUUCCAUCCCUGAGCAUCAUUCUAUUUUUCAAUCAUUUAAAGGAAUGCCUUUCAUGUAAUCUCCUUGGAUCUAUAAUGAGAACUUCAACAGAUCGUGUUGUUUCACUACACUCAGAUCCAACAGGACAGUACAUUGGCUGCCAUGUGAGUUGUUAACAUAAAACUUUGAAGAAUUUUAGUUCAUAUUAUAGACUUAAAACGUUGCAGAAUUUUCAUAUUAUAUCCAAUUGCAGGGUGCUAAUUUAAUAUUAGAGUUAUUCCGUGUUGCUUCGGAAGAUGAAAUUAAAAAACGAGUGUCAAAGAGACGGAAAAAGUUGUUAAAAAAACAAAGGUCAGUACUGCAUUCUCAUGCAAUGGCAAAAGCAGCAUAUGCCUCGGGUCCCCACGUUUAAUGGCCGUGCAUUUCAUGGACCCCAGAAAGCGUGUUGGCCUCAAAAAAGCAAUGAUUAAAUGCAUAUGUUUACAUGAGUUAUCAAGAACAUUCAUUAAACUGCCAUUAAUAAAUUAUCUUUCCAACAAAAUUUAGAUUGCAGACAGAAGAAGGAGCUGAACCAUUGGUAAGUUUACUUCAAUGAAAUAUCUAUAUUUAUAGAGUAUGCCACACAGGCUCCCAAUCUACACUAUCUAUGUCCUUGGUAGGUUUCAUGUGAUGUUUCAGCCAUGGUAGAAGACGAGUUCGUAAAAUUACCUGAUCUUAAAGGAACGUUUAAAAUAAGGUAAUCCAUUUAGUAGUGCAUGAAGCACUGUAUUCCUCGUGAUUGUUGAUACGUCGGGGUUUGUCGGGCUGAUUUCAGGUUUUGCCAACUGUUGUAGAGGAAAUUGUGUGGUCAGAUGGUAUUGCCUACAGUAUCUUCAGAAAAGUAGUCAAGACGUGAAACUUAAAUUUUUCCAAAACUACUAUUUAUUUUCUGCAGGUCGUUCGAUUUUUUUCUCCAUGAAAACGAUGAAUUGAAGGUAUUGGAUAAACAAACAAUAUUAGAUGGGUUUUUUUAGACAUAACCAGGUGCAGUUACGAAAAAUGCAACUGUAGGUUCUCUCAGGCAGGAAUCAUUUGUUUCAACGCUCUGACCAAUAUAUAACGGAGUGAUGUCAGUGCAAGGUAUAUGGGGAGAUGUCGAGAUUUUUUGGGCAUCGUGUUCGAUGGAAUGCACGUUGUACGCAGAAGUUCUAGAAAGUUGUAACAUGUUGGAAAAUGUAUUGAAGCAAGUCAUGGUUAUUUUUAGAUAUUGUUGUUACUGCAGAACAACAGCAUAGAAUUACAUCAUGUGACAGAAUUGGGGAGCCAGGAAGAAAGCAAUGUAGUGUCUAUUAAAACACCAGGGCACAGAAGUGAUGUGAGGUACGUCUCAUCUGUACUGGUUUCCUAGUCAUGGUAGAGUUUAUUAUGGUGUAGUUCUAUGGUAUGGCAUGGUGUUGUAUAUGGUGUUGUAUGGUAUGUUGUUGUAUGGUAUGGUAUGAUAUGGUAUGGUGUUGUAUGGCAUGGUGUUGUAUGGCAUGGUGUUGUAUAUGGUGUUGUAUGGUAUGGUAUGGUAUGGUAUGGUAUGGUGUUGUAUGGCAUGGUGUUGUAUGGCAUGGUGUUGUAUAUGGUGUUGUAUGGUAUGGCAUUGUAUGGCAUGGCAUGGUAUGGUAUGGUAUGGUGUUGUAUGGCAUGGUGUUGUAUGGUAUGGUGUUGUAUGGUAUGGUAUGGUGAGGAAUGGUAUGAUUAUCGUAUGAUAUGGUGCAGUAUGGUGUUGUCUGGUAUGGUUAUGGUAUGGUAUGGUUAUGGUAUAGUUAUGGUAUGGUAUGGUAUGGUAUGGUGUUGUAUGGUAUGGUAUGGGCCCUAUGGGGUGUGGACAUGUGGUAUGGAGUGUGGACUAUGUUAUGGUAUGGAUAGCAUCGUAUGAUAUAAUAUGGUAUGGUAUAGUGGUACCACUAUAUGGAAAGAUUUUGCAAUGAUUUUUCCUAAGCAAAUACAUUUAUUGCGUAUUCAUAUUUUAGAACGUUGUCUUUCAAUUCCGAUGCCUCGUGUAUCUUGUCAGGUGCAACUGAAAGUGUCAAAGUAUGGAAUAGGUAACUGCUUGAUUCCUCUCAAUAUAAAAACACGAGAACGUUCAGUGAAAGUUAAAAUAUGAGUGCACCACUACAUUUUCUUUUCGACUAGAUCAACUCAAAAGUGCAUACGAACCAUGUCAUCUGGUUAUUGUCUUUCGUCAUUUUUUGUUCCCGGAGAUAGACAUGUUGUAGUCGGAACAAAGGUGAAUGAAUAAACGGUUUCCCUUAAAUACACGUAUUCGCGAUUCUCGCAAUUAUAUACAUAGUGAUUGCAGUGCACCAAUGCUGAAACUUUGGAAGAGUUAGAGUUUUAACCAUCCUCGUCCCCAGGGCCACGCUCGUUGCUCUCGCUCAGUGGAGCAACGAGCGUGGCCCUGGGGACGAGAAUGAGUUUUAACCAGUUUUCAGGUUUGCGAUUUCUAGUACGAUUUUUCUCUUCUGAUCGAUGUGAACGAGUAAAAAAGUUAUGAAUGCUAAUGAAUGCUGUGAGUAUAUGUACCCUCAUCUAAACAUUCCUAACUCAUCCACUCGUUCACAUACAUCAGGAGAAGAAAAUCGCAUCUAAAAUCGCAAGUGUAAACGGGCCUUUAAUCCGCAGUUGUCUUUUAGCCAGCUUGCAUCUUGCAUCGUAAUGUUUGUCCAACCAAACAUGAAUGUUCUUUGACACUAUAGUUUGUCUGCCGUCCGCCAAUUUACUUUGUUUUUCUAGGCAGGAAAGCUACAAAUAUUCGACAUAUCGUCUGGUGCUCUCCUGGAAAGUUUAGACGCUCAUGAAGGAGCAGUUUGGUCUCUGGCUUUAGCCCCAGAUAAGGUUGGUCAAAUUUACAGUAAUGCACCAUUAGGGCUGUUGGUUACACCAGGCCUCGAAUUUCCCUGAAAUCAAUCGACGGCAAUGGCGUUAAAAAUUGCCGUAGAACGUAACAGCUGUCUACGGCAAUCCUCACAGUUUCCACGGCAUUUUUCAAAUUACUGUUAAUAAAACUUUAAUUUUAUUGUUACUUUGGAUUUAUGACAAGCUAGAAACAUGUCUACGUAUUUCUUGAGUUGUUCUUUUUUAAAAGAAAACUGAGACUAAAAUAGUGAUUUACGCAUGAUUUGAUCAACAUCUGAAUUCAAGUAUCAAAAUAGUAAUGCACAGUGAAUAGUAUAAAAAUUGCACAUAUACGUCGUUGCCGCAAUGAUCCACGGCAUUUUGCUCUCCCUCUACGGCAAUUGCCGCGAUUGCCGCGAUAAAAUUCGAGCCCUGAGUUACACAUAGCCUACUUUGCAGGCGAUGGUAUGGCAAGAUAACUGUCGUGUUAAAAAAUUAAUUCUAGCAACCCAGACAGGAGGAGUAGGACGGCAGAUGAUGUAGUGGUUUGCCAUGCAGUGUCUUCUAUCUCUGUUACCAUCGGCAUCAGUGUCUUCCAUCUCUGUUACCAUCAGUGUUUUCCAUCUCUGUUACCAUCAGUGUCUUCCAUCUCUGUUACCAUCAGUGUCUUCCAUCUCUGUUACCAUCAGUGUCUUCCAUCUCUGUUACCAUCAGUGUCUUCCAUCUCUGUUACCAUCAGUGUCUUCCAUCUCUGUUACCAUCAGUGUCUUCCAUCUCUGUUACCAUCAGUGUCUUCCAUCUCUGUUACCAUCAGUGUCUUCCAUCUCUGUUACCAUCAGUGUCUUCCAUCUCUGUUACCAUCAGUGUCUUCCAUCUCUGUUACCAUCCGUGUCUUCCAUCUCUGUUACCAUCAGUGUCUUCCAUCUCUGUUACCAUCCGUGUCUUCCAUCUCUGUUACCAUCAGUGUCUUCCAUCUCUGUUACCAUCAGUGUCUUCCAUCUCUGUUACCAUCAGUGUUUUCCAUCUCUGUUACCAUCAGUGUCUUCCAUCUCUGUUACCAUCAGUGUCUUCCAUCUCUGUUACCAUCAGUGUUUUCCAUCUCUGUUACCAUCAGUGUCUUCCAUCUCUGUUACCAUCAGUGUUUUCCAUCUCUGUUACCAUCAGUGUCUUCCAUCUCUGUUACCAUCAGUGUCUUCCAUCUCUGUUACCAUCAGUGUCUUCCAUCUCUGUUACCAUCAGUGUCUUCCAUCUCUGUUACCAUCAGUGUCUUCCAUCUCUGUUACCAUCAGUGUCUUCCAUCUCUGUUACCAUCAGUGUCUUCCAUCUCUGUUACCAUCAGUGUCUUCCAUCUCUGUUACCAUCAGUGUCUUCCAUCUCUGUUACCAUCGGCAUCAGUGUCUUCCAUCUCUAUUACCAUCGGCAUCAGUGUCUUCCAUCUCUGUUACCAUCAGUGUCUUCCAUCUCUGUUACCAUCAGUGUCUUCCAUCUCUGUUACUAUCAGUGUCUUCCAUCUCUGUUACCAUCAGUGUCUUCCAUCUCUGUUACCAUCAGUGUCUUCCAUCUCUGUUACCAUCGGCAUCAGUGUCUUCCAUCUCUGUUACCAUCAGUGUCUUCCAUCUCUGUUACCAUCAGUGUCUUCUAUCUCUGUUACCAUCGGCAUCAGUGUCUUCCAUCUCUGUUACCAUCAGUGUCUUCCAUCUCUGUUACCAUCAGUGUCUUCCAUCUCUGUUACCAUCAGUGUCUUCCAUCUCUGUUACCAUCGGCAUCAGUGUCUUCCAUCUCUGUUCUUCCAUCUCUGUUACCAUCGGCAUCAAUGUCUUCUAUCUCUGUUACCAUCGGCAUCAGUGUCUUCCAUCUCUGUUACCAUCGGCAUCAGUGUCUUCCAUCUCUAUUACCAUCGGCAUCAGUGUCUUCUAUCUCUGUUACCAUCGGCAUCAGUGUCUUCUAUCUCUAUUACCAUCGGCAUCAGUGUCUUCUAUCUCUGUUACCAUCGGCAUCAGUGUCUUCUAUCUCUGUUACCAUCGGCAUCAGUGUCUUCUAUCUCUGUUACCAUCGGCAUCAGUGUCUUCUAUCUCUGUUACCAUCGGCAUCAGUGUCUUCUAUCUCUGUUACCAUCGGCAUCAGUGUCUUCUAUCUCUGUUACCAUCGGCAUCAGUGUCUUCUAUCUCUGUUACCAUCGGCAUCAGUGUCUUCUAUCUCUGUUACCAUCGGCAUCAGUGUCUUCUAUCUCUAUUACCAUCGGCAUCAGUGUCUUCUAUCUCUGUUACCAUCGGCAUCAGUGUCUUCUAUCUUUGUUACCAUCGGCAUCAGUGUCUUCUAUCUCUGUUACCAUCGGCAUCAGUGUCUUCUAUCUCUGUUACCAUCGGCAUCAGUGUCUUCCAUCUCUAUUACCAUCGGCAUCAGUGUCUUCCAUCUCUAUUACCAUCGGCAUCAGUGUCUUCUAUCUCUGUUACCAUCGGCAUCAGUGUCUUCCAUCUCUAUUACCAUCGGCAUCAGUGUCUUCCAUCUCUGUUACCAUCGGCAUCAGUGUCUUCCAUCUCUGUUACCAUCAGUGUCUUCCAUCUGGGCUACAGACGUGUAAUAUGACAAUAAUUUCCCUUCAAUAUCACAUGUGAGAAGAGUGCUUCCAGUUUGUCUUUACGAAUACUACAGGUUAUCUCUCGACUUUCCUCCUGUGAUGACACUGGAGUGAUAAGGGAUGGUUCUUACUGAAUCUCUUAGGAAAACAAUGUCGUUUAGUUUGGAUGAAGGAAACGGAAAAGACAUAACAUUCAUGGAUUGAUUUUUAGACUCUGUUUGCCUCGGGAAGUGGUGAUAAAGAUGUGAAAUUUUGGGAAUUUGAUCUGAUUACAGAUGAAACUUAUUCCAAGACAAGGUGUUUAGAGAUUCUGUACUACAACAAUCAAUAAAUUUGAAAAAAAUACUUGUCUACAAGAGCUGCAUUUAAAUUUUGUUUGUUAAUGGUUUUUUUAAAAUUUUGUUCAGUAAAAGGCUGAGUAUUUGUCACGUGAGAACAUUGAAGAUGACAGAUGAUGUUUUGUGUGUAAAGUUUAGGUAUGUGAUUUUCACAGUUAUACUGAGGCUCUGUCUGAUAGACGCAGAAACAUGCAAUGUAUAUUAUGUAUCUUUCUUUAUACAGUCCAAAUCAGAAAUUCAUUGCUGUUGCACUUCUUGAUUUUACCAUCAAAGUUUUUUUCUCCGAUACUCUAAAGGUAGCGACAUUACUAUAAUUUGAAAUAUUGAAACGAUUUUUUUGUUUAAUACCACAUUUGUACACCGGUUUGAAAUAUUUCGUUUUAAUGAAAAUCAUUUUCCUUGUUUUAGUUUUUCCUUUCUUUGUAUGGCCACAAGUUACCCGUUGUAUCUAUGGAUAUUUCAUCAGUGAGAAAUUUGUAGUUAUUUAGUUAACCCCACAUUUCUCUUAUUUGAUAUUUUGUCUACUUUACACUUAUCUUUUUCCACCUUUUACUUGCCCGUUUACACCUUUUUUCUUCAUAGGACAGUACAUUUUUAGUUUCUGGAGGGGCGGAUAAAAACAUCAAAAUUUGGGGACUGGAUUUUGGAGAUUGUAGAAAGUCCAUAUUUGCUCAUGAUGACAGGUAAAGAUUGUCGCUGCAAUUGUUAAGAAGAAUUACAAUUAUUGUCGUAUACUAAAUAGAUAUAUUAUCUUUCAGUGUCAUGGCUGUUCAGUUUGUCCCAAAGACUCAUUAUUUCUUUUCUGCAAGUAAAGAUAAAACUAUAAAAUAUUGGGAUGCAGACAAGUUCCUGCAUGUGAUGACGUUGGAAGGACAUCAUUCUGAAAUCUGGUGCCUUGCUCUUAGUCAUGAUGGUGAAUUCAUUGUAAGUCUUGAAAGUCUUCUGUACAGGGUGUAUAAAAAAAACCUGAACCCUUUCAAAUUCAAAUUAGCUAUAACGUAUUGUAGUAAUUUGAUAGCUCUAAUUGCUUUGAAUUAAUGGUUGGGUAAGAACACAAGGUCUUGUACUCAUGGGACAAAACUCUUAAAAACUUUUAAAUUUUCUAAUUUUUAUUUCUUUGAGUUUCGUCCCAUGAGUACAAGACCUUGUGUUCUUACCCAACCAUUGAUUCAAAGCAAUUAGAGCUGUCAAAUUACUACAAUACGUUAUAGCUAAUUUGAAUUUGAAAGGGUUCAGUUUUUUUUUAUACACACUGUAUAGUUUACUUUAAUCUCUAUCAAAGAGCAGACUAGUCCCUAAUCCUCUGUGCAAGCGGUUUAUUUUCUCAUGACGUCACUGAGUUUAGCAGCCGCUUGCAUAUUAAUGAGAACGUAUACUCAUUGCCAGUUGACCAAUAUUACAGAUCAGUGGCUCACAUGAUAAAUCUUUGAGGCUCUGGGAAAGAACUGAUGAACCAUUAUUUGUCGAAGAGGAAAGAGAAAUGGUAAGAUAAUACACUUAUAUUUUCCCCACUAAAGCUAACUUUAUUUGUAUAAGUUUCUUUAUCAGUUCACUCAAAACUGUUCUCCCUAGAGAUCCAGUAAGGGUCAUCACUUUCUAAUCCACUGUUCUUCCUAAAGGUCUAGUAAUGUAAUUCUUUAUUGGUCCAGUGUUAACUAGUACAGGAGAAAACCAUCUGAGAUGUCAUUUCAAAUCCUCCGAUGAAACUGUGCGGACUUGAAAUCUAGUCCAGUCCUCAUAGUCGGAUUUGAAAUAUUACUUAACAAACACUAGCUCUAUCCGGAUAGCUCUAUCGGUUCUAAUCUAAACUGCUAUCACUUUUUCGAGAAAUCCUGCGGUGUUUAGUAAAAUGAAACUGGAAGUACACUUCUCAAUUGUUUUUUCAUGUUUUAGGAACGUGAGGCAGUGUAUGAAGAAAGUGCUGUAACAGGGGCCGAAACCAUAGUAAGAUAAUUUGUUUUGCUUUGAAAAGUAAUUACUCUGUGUUCAGAGGUGUUCUGAUGUCAGGCGAGUUUUAUAGAGUAUUUACAGCUUACAACUUUUUUGUUCUUUGCAAAGAUUCCAGGUGAGCAAGACUCGGAAGCUGUUAAACCUGGGAAGAAGACAAUUGAGACUAUAAAAGGGGUGAGUUUAAUAAGUUCUUUGUAUGUUUGCAUGGCGAUAAAACAUAUAAUAGUUUUGGUUGUGGAAACACCACGUAAAUUUAUUACUGCAAAGCUUUCGAUCCGUAAGCCCGGAUCUUCAUCAGUGAUGAUCUUCAUCAUCCCGGAUCUUACAUAUUAUUAGCACUGAUGAAGAGCCGGGCUUACGGAUCGAAAGCUUUGCAGUAAUAAAUUUACGUGGUGUUUCCACAAACAAAACUAUUAGGGGUGAGUUUGUUUGAACGUUGGGCAAUAGCCUGCAUGAAAAUAUAAUUAAAGCUGACAAUGCCAACCGAGUGAAAAUCGUAGUAAGUCCAAAACUUAGCGAGGGGUCUGCACGGGCACGCAUACCAGCAAAAAGUCGACAAGUAAAAUUUUAAAUAUUUUUACAAGGCUGAAAGAAUCAUGGAAGCUAUCGAACUUUACAAAGAAGAAAGAGUGAAAGAACUAGAACACGAAGCUAAUCAAGCAGCAACAGAUAAAAAGGUUUGUUUAGUAUAAAAAUUGGAAUCAUCAAUCAAGAGCAAGCGCCUUUCAUGUCUGACAUCGUGGAAUAGGCAAAUCCAGCUAUAGACUAAAUUUUUAUCUAGACAAGAAGAACAAUCCACAGCUAGAAAGAGCAUCUUAAAAUGAGUAAAAUUGCAAAGUUUGGUUGCGAAAUGUUGUAAAAUGAGGAAAAUAUAGCCCUGCGAAGUUCGCAAAUUUUGUAUAUAGAUUUGCAUUACGCACGGAAAAAUAACCAUUUUUGAGCCGAAAGUGGUUAUUUUUACCGCUUAAUACAAAUCUAUACAAAAUUUGCGAACUUCACAGUGCUAUAUUUUCCUCAUUUUACAACAUUUCGCAACCAAACUUUGCAAUUUUACUCAUUUUAAGAUGCUCUUUCCAGCUGUGGAUUGUUCUUCUUGUCUAGAUCAAAAUUUUGUCUAUAGCUGGAAUUGCCUACAGAUUCUCGCAAAAACUCGUGAUUAUAUUUCGUUAUUUUCGCUCUUUAUUACAGCUUCCAAAACGCAGUGUUCAUCCUAUCUUGGCUGCAUUUGGAAACGUAACUGUAUGUGUGUUUUUAUAGUUUGUUGUAUUGGUUCUGCUUGUUCUGUAUUGCAUGUUAAAUUCACCGAUUAUGGUUUAUAUCCAGAAACAGAGCUUUCAAAAUAACUCGGCGGCCGCCGGAGCUCCGGCGGGUGGCACGAGAUUCACCGCCGGUUACUUUGUUUAGUAUACUUGAAAUAUCAAUUCUACUCUCCUUUCUCCACUCUGAGCUUUCAAACAAAGUUAUUUUUCAUCAACCUGGUCUACUUUAUAGCCUGGUUAUUUUCGAAAAUGACGUACUAUUUCGUAAAACCGAUUUAGUUAUUCGCCAUCUUAAAUCUUGAAGUUAUUUUGUUGAAGAAUGAAAGUAGUGAUACAUUAUAAUUUGGUUACAGAGCUCAUGCAGUUGUGUUGCUGUCUAAUCAAUGAUGUUGCUAUAUCUAAUCAAUAUACAAUAGAUGAUUAAUAAAGAUGACUUUAAGACACCCUAGACCACUCCCUCCCAACAGCCGCCUACUUUAUCAAAACAGACACCUACUCAGAAUAAUUCUGAAAGCCCUAUCUACAAAUGAAAAUUAUUUUGUCCAAUUAAGGAAAUUUGAAAGUAAAAACGCCGAGUACUUGUAAAUACAGCUUACGUGCGAAAAUUGGCAAACGUAAGCUCUAUAACAAUAGACAAUUCCCAUUAUAGACUAAUUUUUUUAUCUUGGGCCUUGGCAAAAAAAAAAGUAUAUUCCCGGAAAGAGCAUACUAAAAUGAGUAAAAUUGCAAAGUUUGGUUGCGAAAUGUUGUAAAAUGCGGAAAAUAUAGCCUUGCAAAGUUUGCAAAUUUUGUAUUCUUUUGUAUUGCAUAUGCGGAAAUUGCUACCAUUUUUGCCCCAAAUAUGGUAGCAAUUUCCGCACGCAAUUCUUCAAAAGUAUACAAAAUUUGCAAACUUUGCAAGGCUAUAUUUUCCACAUUUUACAAACCAAAAUUUGUAAUUUUACUCAUUUUAGUAUGCUCUUUCUAGCUGUGGUGAUUUAUUUGCAUCUUCUUGCCUAGUUUUAAAAUGAGUCUAUAACGGGAAUUGUUUAUUACGUUUUUGUUUUACUUUCAGCCCGUGCACUACGUUCUCCUUGUUGUCAAAAAAAUCAAGUCCAGGUACUUUAUCAUUUUGUUAUAUCAGUCAAUAUAUGUUAUCCCGGGGGGGGGGAGGGUCAUCAUCUACCUGUACUAUCCAGCCUCGUGGUUGGUUGAUUAUAACAAUGAAAGACAAUAAAACCAUAGAAAUCGUCUUUCUAAAGAACGAGUCACAAACAAUGAUAAUUUUUGUUCCUGAAAACCGAUCACAAAACAUGAGCAUUUUAGGUAGGUAAGACCGGGGGGGGGGGAGGAGAGGCAGAACUUGCGCUCCCUUCCCUCUUCUCAGUCACCUCCCCGUUAUGAGAGGUUUAACAGUCUAGCUCAAGUUUUAAAAAUCUAUUUCAGUGAGCUGGACGAAUCUCUUCUUGUACUGCCAUUUGAUUAUGUCAUCGAUAUUUUAAAACUACUUCUCGAAUGGAUCAAGGUGAGACACUCGUGUAAUUGUUUUUUUCUAACGCUUGUCAAUUUGUCUGUUAUUUUUCAUUUUUCCUGUUUUUAUACAUGUUGUUUAGAACGCUUGGGAAACAGAGUUGUCUUGCCGUUGUCUGUUUUUUCUGCUACGGUACGUAAAGCCCUUGUGAAGCCCGUUUUCCACUGGGCGAAUUUGCUGACGUGAUAAGCGAUACCGCCAAAGGAAAAAGUCUCUUUGUGCCAACAAAUUCGCCUUGUGGAAAACAGGCUUAACAUGCAUGUAUUGCUCGAUUCACAUAUAUUAAAUGUAGCUUUAACGGUUUAACCUAAAUCUCUGUGAACAACUUGUAUGAUUUCAGAAUUCAUCAUAAUAAAAUAAUCUCAACUCCAGAACUUCUUCCAAUUAUUGACUCCAUCAGAUCACACACACGAAGCAGAGUCCGUGAAAUGAAGGUAGGACGUUUUUUGUGUUCUUCAUAGGAUCUUCGUAUCUGUUCUUCACGCACGUUAAGCCUAAAUCGCCUUGUGUGGUUCGCUUCUCGACCUUCUCAUGUACUCAGUUGCUCAGGCACAGUUCCCCCUCAUACAAUGUUCUAAAUAGGAUACUAAAGUUGACAGUCGGCUCACAAUUUUUUCUCAAUAUUGUACAUGGGGGAAGGUAAAUUACAGAAAGGAAGGGAAUGCAAAAAAGUGUCGUCAUUUUUGUACAUGAUUGUAAGUUUGUAAAUGUAUCUCUGAAUUGUCCGUUCUUUCCUCGCCAGGACGUAGUUGGCUUCAAUCUUGCUGGUCUGCAGUUCUUGCAACGGCAACUGGAAGACCGUGACGUCACAUUCUUUGGUGAGACGCGAGAAAAACUGACGCAAGUGCGAAAGAAGAAAAAAACAGCAGUCAGAAAAUUUCAAUGA